AUGCAAAACAAUUUCUUAUGGGGAGGUUCUGAGGAGAAACGGAAAAUGCAUUGGGCGAGGUAUGCGGAUGUGAAGCUUAGAGCUUUUAUGGUAUCAAGAACAAAACUAAGGAUCGGUCAAUCUCGGUGUGGUAAUGGUCAUUCAAUUUUCUUUUGGCAUGCUCUUUGGUUGAAAAAGGUUAUAUUAAAGGAUAUUUUUCCAAAUAUUUAUAGCAUUUCUCAAUUGCAAGAUGUCUCAAUUGGAGCUAUGGGAGGUUGGAUAGAUGGGAGGUGGUUAUGGGGUGAUAUAGGCAUAGCUUUGCCCACUAUUUUUGACGUUGUAGCUGCCAUCAGUUCAGCCGACACGGGCGCUGCACCCUCGGCUCCAGUUCUGGCCGCUGAAUGGGCGGAGCUAGUUCAGCUGUUGACCGCAGCUGUGGUCACGGUUAACCAACCGAAUGCGGCCUCUUGGAAGCACGACGGCGAUGGAGCUUUUUCGGUUUCUUCUUGUUACAAUCUUUUGUGUAGGAAAUUUAUUCCUUUCGGUCCGACAAAUUGUUUUGAUUUCGCUUUUGUAGCUAUAUUGAAGGUUGAAGUUCCUUUAAAGGUUAAAGCGUCCGAAUGGAGAAGCUUCCUCAACAAAGUGCCUACCAAAGACGCGCUUUUGAUCCGAGGUAUUCUUAAUUCUUCUUCGAAUUUAGAAUGUGUUAUUUGUAAGGACUUUUAUGAGACUUUGCAACAUUCCUUCUUGCUUUGUUGUAACGCCGCUAUUGUUUGGAUGGAAAUGUCGGGGUGGAUAGGAUUGAGUUUUAAUAACAUUCUUGAUUUCAAGGAGAGUUUUUGGUAUUGGAGCUCCUUUUGUCGCGCUAAGAAAGUUAAAAGAGGAAAGGAGGGAGUUAUUUGGCUAGCUAUUCUUUGGAGUAUUUGGUUGCAUAGGAAUGAUAUACUGUUUAACAAUUCCUCUUGGAAUUCUAGAGAUGCGGUGUGGAAUUGCAAAACGCUUAUUUGA